GUGAGUGCCGCGGCGCGCGGUGCCUGCUGGGUCCGCCGUCCUUGGCCGAAACUCAAAUUGAGAACAAAGCGCGGGACCGAUGAAAAUCCGCGUCGGGAGUGGUUGUUAAGCGAAGCGUGGUGGCCUCUGAGGAUCACGGACACUGAACAGGCGCUCGGCACCGCACGGGAGACUAGAGGAGAGUGCGGAGUCUAAAGAUGAAGGCGUUUCAGGCCGUCUGCAGGCAGCUUAGGAGGGCAGGGGGGUUUUCUGCAGCACCCUGCCCGCAGGUGGGCUUCUCCACUUCCGCUUCCGCUUGCGGCCGGAAGAAAAAAGCGAACCCUUACCAAGAGGUGAACCAGGAGAAGUAUGACGACUUAGUACAGUCUGUCUUGUCGUCCAGAGGCCCCGCUCAGACUCCAGAGUCGUUGUUCGAGGAAGACACUUUACUCUAUGGGCCUGUGAGUAAGUGUAAACCCCCGAAGCACGACGAGGAAGCGAGGGUUCCGGGAAACUGGUUUCCUCUCUUCAAUCCAGAGAAAAGCUUCAAACCAAGUGCAGCGAGUGAUGCCGCGAGUCCUUUGAAAAUCCCUUUGCAGAGGAGUAAGGUACCUAGUGUGACCCGCGUCCUUCAGCAGACCAUGACAUCAGAGCAGAUUUUCUAUCUGGAGAGGUGGAAACAGCGGAUGAUUCUGGAACUGGGAGAGGAUGGCUUUGCAGAAUAUACAUCAAACAUAUUUUUACAAGGGAAACAGUUCCAUGAAGCCUUGGAAAGCAUACUUUCACCCCAGGGGAACUUAAAAGAGAGAGAUGAAAAUCUCGAAUCUGGCUACAUCGAAAGUGUCCAGCAUAUUCUAAAAGAUAUCAGUGGAGUUCGAGCUCUUGAAAGCGCUGUUCAACAUGAGACCUUAAAGUAUGUAGGUCUGCUGGACUGUGUGGCUGAGUAUCAAGGCAACCUGUGUGUGAUUGAUUGGAAGACAUCGGAGAAACCAAAGCCUUUUAUCCGAAAUACAUUUGACAACCCGCUGCAGGUUGUGGCGUACAUGGGUGCGAUAAACAAUGAUGCCAACUAUAGCUUUCAGGUUCAGUGUGGUUUAAUUGUGGUGGCCUACAAAGAUGGAUCUCCUGCCCACGCACAUUUCAUGAACUCAGAGCUGUGUUCCCAGUACUGGGCAAAGUGGCUUCUUCGACUAGAAGAAUAUACAAAGAAGGAAAAGCACCAGGACGUUCAGAAACCAGAUUAGGGGGCAGGAUGCUAUUUGGGAACAUUCAGCACUUUCUCACAGUUUGGGAAAAUAUACUGCUGUUCACUGUGACCUAAAAUGGAGGUCC